AUGAUUCGGAUAUCUUCUCUUAUCGCAGCAAGUGCCCUAGCAUUGCCCACUCUCGUCCAUGCCUACACCUUGAAGGAUGACUAUACCGGAAACAACUACCAGGACUUCUUCAACAAGUUCAGCUUUUGGACGGGUCCUGACCCCACCGAGGGUCUUGUCGACUAUGUGAAUCUCGACUCUGCGUGGGACAACGGCUUGAUCGGCAACGGAGGAAACAUCUACCUCGGCGUCGACCACACCAACAAAGUGGGCAACGAAGGACGGAAGAGCGUCCGCUUGACAGGCAACAUUGCGUAUAACCCGGGCAUCCUUCUGGUCGCUGACAUCACUCACAUGCCCGAUGUCUGCGGCACCUGGCCCGCCUUCUGGAUGACCGCGGCAUCCGACGACUGGCCCCAGAGCGGCGAAAUCGACAUCAUCGAACAGGCGAACAACGCACAGAAUAACCAAAUGUCGCUUCACGUCAGCAACAAGCAAGGCCAGUGCAUCAUUAGCACCGACGCCUCGAUGACGGCAACGCAAGACCGCUGGGGCGAUUGCGCUCAGGAGGCCACCGGCGGCUGCGACGCCAACGAUCCCCGGACGAACAGCUUUGGCUCGGGCUUCAACAAUAACGGCGGCGGGGUGUAUGCCGCUGAAUGGACGUCGGAAUGGGUGCGGAUCUGGUUUUUCCCUCGCAACGAGAUUCCUGGUGGCGACACGGGACCGUUGGGGAGCGCGCCUGAUCCUGCUACGUGGGGUACGCCGACGACCAGUUUUCAGAGUCGGUAUGGAACGGACUGUGAUAUGUCUUCGCAUAUCCGGAAUCAGCGUGUUAUCAUCGAUACUACUUUUUGCGGUGCGUGGGCGUCUGGUUCGUGGAGGAGCUCUGGGUGUGCAGCGAAGACGGGCUAUGAUACUUGUGAGAGCUAUGUGAAGAAUGUCCCGGGGGAUUUUGCGAGUGCCUUUUGGACUUUCAAGUUGCUUAAGGUCUUUCAUUAA